GGCUUUAGCUAUAUUCCCUGGAAUUUUCACGAAAUUAAUCCUGGGGAGUAUUUAUUUGACAAUGAGAGAAAUGUUGUUGAGUUCAUCCAACUUGCAAAUCGCCUAGAUCUUCUUGUCCUUCUUCGUGUUGGCCCUUACAUUUGUUCGGAAUGGGAUUUUGGUGGACUUCCAGCUUGGCUCUUGUCUGACAAUCCAAACUUGAAAAUACGUUCUACAUCACCAGAGUACAUCAACUCGGUAAUUCGAUGGUUCUCUCAAUUGCUUCCUAAAUUGAAACCGCUGCUUUAUCAAAACGGUGGACCAAUUGCUAUGAUUCAACUAGAAAAUGAAUAUGGUUCUUAUUAUACCUGUGAACAGGAGUACCUUUCUUCACUCUAUGAAUAUGCUAGAUUUGUUCUUGGAGAUGAGAUUAUUCUAUACACAACUGAUGGGAAUUCCCUGUCUUAUCUCAAAUGCGGGUCUUCCGAUCGCAGACUCUUUUCUACCGUCGAUUUCGGGGUUGACGGAGCCAGGAAUCCUAAUGAAUCGUUUAAGUCGCUCCUGGAAUUCCAACCCCAUGGACCUUUGGUGAAUAGUGAAUACUACACGGGCUGGUUAGAUCAUUGGGGUGAAAAAAGACAUCGAGUUGACGCCCUGAAAUUGGCCCAAGGGGCGGCUAACAUUUUAAACAUGUCAAAUAAAGUCAGUCUCAAUUUUUACAUGUUCCACGGAGGAACAAACUUUGGCUUCUGGAGUGGUGCCAAUUCCGCUAGUGACAUCAUCAUCACCUCCUACGAUUAUGAUGCUCCAAUUGCUGAAGAUGGAGACACUACUUACAAAUACAUGGUCCUUCGAGACCUCUUUUACAGUAUCAAGAAACAAAGACCUCUCCCAAUUCCACCCAAUAUAUCCAAAGCUGCCUAUGGCAAAGCCUCGGUUAAUUUCGUGAGUGUCAAUAAAACACUUCCAUUAUACUCGCACCUAAUCUACGACUUGAAAGAGGGUGUUCAUUCUGUCCGGCCCCUACACAUGGAGGCGGUCAAACAGUACCAGGGUUUUAUGGCCUAUUCGGUGGUAUUGGGUGAGAGGGAAGGCAAAGCCAGUCUGCAAUUUGAACGUGUCAAGGAUGUUGGAUAUGUGUUCACAACGGAUCCGAGCGUUAAGUCAAUUAGUUAUUUCGGCUCCCUUGCGGGUCGAGGCGCCUUAAAUAUCACUCUUGACAAGGAGCACCCAAUUCUUACAAUUGUAACCGAAUGCCAAGGACACAUCAACUUUGGCGCAUCGAUGAUGGGUGAUGUCAAGGGAAUUGUUGGACGUGUCCUGAUUGAUGGUCUUGAACUCCUCAAUUGGGAUAUGAAGGGACUCGAUUUUCGAACAGUUAAUCCACCCUAUUUAGCAGAAAAUGGAGACUCCUCCUAUCCAGACUCAGGAGCGAUUUACAAGGGUGUCUUCGAUGUCCCCUCUCCACCAGCGGACACUUUUGCAGUGCUGAAAGGUUUCAGUCGGGGUGUCUUGGCAAUAAAUGGUAAUAUUGUGGGACGGUACAAUCCCCGUGCAGGACCGCAAGUUAGCCUCUACGUUCCAAGCAGCAUGCUAGUGACUGGUGAAAACACAAUCAGUAUUUUGGAGUUGGAGAAAAUCGAUCCACGCUGUCACAAAAACGCCUCUCUUUGUUACGUCACUUUCCGGGAUUCACCUCUGUGGUCUAAUUGA